ACACGUCCCAGGCUCCCUGGGUAGGCGUGACUUGCUUCUGUGUUUGUGCGCUGAGGCUGGGCUUAGGCAAGGCAAGGCCUGGCUGGCUGGCUGGCUGGGAGGGAGGGACGGCCGGAGGGAGUGAGGCGCUGAACAGAGAGCUGGCACUUGCUGGCUGGUGUGGGCUGGGCCGUUAGACCUGCAAGAGCGCUGGGAGAGCGGGUGUCAUUCUCUGGGGCCGCCGGCCGCCCCCGCUUUCCCCUUCGGGCAGAGCUCUGUGGCUACAAACCAACAUGGUUGGUUGGUAGCCCUGUGGGCAUGAGACCCUAGAGCCUCCACCCCCAGCUUGGAGGGACUAAGCACUCACAAAAGGGAAUGUUACGGUGGACAGUGCACUUAGAAGGUGGGCCUCGGAGAGUAAACCACGCUGCUGUGGCUGUCGGACACAAAGUCUACUCUUUUGGUGGCUACUGUUCUGGUGAAGACUAUGAGACUCUGCGACAGAUCGAUGUUCAUGUGUUUAAUGCAGUCUCUCUACGCUGGACUAAGCUGCCUCCAGUGUGGACCAACAGCAGGGACCAUGUGAGGGAAGUGCCCUACAUGAGAUAUGGACACUCUGCCGUGCUCAUUGAUGAUACCAUCUACAUCUGGGGAGGCCGCAAUGAUACCGAGGGAGCGUGCAAUGUAUUAUAUGCCUUUGACGUCAGCUCCCAUAAAUGGUCCACACCAAAAGUGUCUGGAAUGGUACCAGGAGCAAGGGAUGGACAUUCUGCUUGCGUCUUGGGAAAGAGCAUGUAUAUCUUUGGUGGAUAUGAGCAACUGGCGGACUGUUUUUCAAAUGACAUUCACAAACUGGAUACCAGCAACAUGAUGUGGAGUCUGAUUGCUACUAAGGGCACCCCAGCUCGCUGGAGGGACUUCCAUUCAGCCACAAUAAUUGGGACAAAGAUGUAUGUGUUUGGGGGAAGAGCAGACCGCUUUGGGCCAUUCCACUCCAACAAUGAGAUCUACUGUAACCGAAUCAAAGUGUUCGACACAGAUACCAACUCUUGGCUGGACUCCCCUCCCACUCCACUUCUCCCUGAAGGCAGAAGGAGCCACUCAGCAUUUGGCUACAAUGGAGAGUUGUAUAUAUUUGGUGGUUACAAUGCACGCCUCAACAGACACUUCCAUGAUCUCUGGAAAUUUGACCCAGUGUCUUUUACUUGGAAGAAAAUUGAUCCCAAAGGGAAAGGGCCAUGUCCUCGCCGCAGGCAAUGCUGCUGUAGGAUAGGGGACAAGAUCAUCCUUUUUGGAGGCACCAGCCCAUCCCCAGAGGAAGGCAUGGGAGAUGAAUUUGACCUGAUGGAUCAUUCAGACUUGUACAUCUUGGACUUCAGUCCCAACUUAAAAACACUGUGUAAACUAGCAGUGAUCCAGUACAACCUGGACCAGUCCUGCCUCCCUCAUGACAUCAGAUGGGAACUCACAGCAAUGACAACAAACAGCAACAUCAGCCGGCCUAUCUUCUCCUCUCAUGGAUAAUUGGGCCUCUUGCUCCCUCUCUCAGCUGCCCUCAACCCUUGCCUUGCAGAUGUCAUCUUCUGUCUCCCCUGCCACGCAUGAAUGUUUAGCCUCUUCAGGAAACUCAUCAAAAGGGAUUUAUGUACUGCCCAGCACAAGGAAGGCUCCGCUUGCCUCUCCUGUUGCUGCAUCUGUCCAGCCUAUAACUUUGCCAGGACCUUGGCCUAAAGGCAGCAUGCAAACAGAAUCAGAUGGCACACUCCAUGGAGAAGGACGAUGGGUGCAUUUUUAUUCUUGCUGCUGGAAGCUACAGCUCGACAUCUGUUUACUGCUGUAACACAAUUUGAAGGAAUAGCAACAAAAGGAAAGGGGAAAAUAUCUCAGGACUUUCUGGCAUUAAGACCAGGGAAUGUUUCAUAUGCUAUAGGAUUAAAGACAAAAACUCUUCAAGGCUCAGCUUCUCCAUAUCCUCAGCCGUUUUGAGUGCCUAGCCCUUCUCCAUUAAACCAAGGGAUGAACUGGGUGCCCUAAGGCAUUCUGUCUGUGUAGCUGUGUGUACAGAGAAGCCUGCCUGGUCUAACACAUUUCAGAGCUUGACUGGGUUUGCCCCCUCCCAGUGGGUAUUCAGAGGAACUUCAUGUGAUACUCAAGCACUCAAUGCUUCUACAAAGUACAGAUUUCUGCAUGCUCAGAGUCUUCACUGGGCAAAGAAAGGAGAUGAUGACUCUGGCAAGACAGUGAGAACCAACAUUGUAUAAGACUGAGUAGAAUGGAGACUUUUCUGUGCCCGUUGCAGAAGGGGUCAGUGCAGGAGCUGAAAUGCUGCUGCCAAGUUUGAUGUGUAAAAGCAGCAGCUUGGGAUUUAUAAAUGGUCCUGGAGGAAAAAGCCAAA